AUGUCUCCCGCACUCACCUCGUAUCCGUCCUUUGCGCUGCUGCCGUUCCCUCCUAACCGAUCCCAUUCAUAUCACCCGUACUCGCCGCUGUCGUCCCUCAGCAAGCUCACCUUGAAUCCAAUCUCAUCGGGGCUGCCGAAUUGGUCUGGCCCCUUGAGAGACGGCUUGCCCACGCCUCCCGCCGACAUGAACGGCGUGGCAUAUAAUGCUCAUCCGUCCUAUGCUCCGAAGCAAUACAGCAGUCACCAGUACGCGGCCAAGACUUCCUCGAAUCGUGUCCCCCUCGCGAAUACCGUCUCGAACGCGGCGGCGAAUUACCUCCCUCCUUUGAACAAGCAAGCCGAGGAGAGUGCAGAUACAAAAAGCCAGAAGAGAAGUGAAAAGGAAUCUUUGCCGUCGUAUUCGCAGAUUCCGUCGUCGAUUAGGAAGACCGGCGGUAAUUUAGCCGAAUUUGCCGCUCAAAUUGCAUGUCUGUUCUGGUUCGAAAAGACGUCGAAACUAAAAUCGAUCGAGGAUGGUACACCACAGAAAUACGCACUCGUUCCGGAAGCUUUCCCCACAGUUGGAUUCCAGAAAUGGGUGUCGAGUGUCUUGUCGACUACGCAAGUCAGUCAGAAUGUGAUUUUGCUUGCUCUGCUGUUCAUCUACCGUUUGAAAAACUUCAAUCCUGGCGUUAGGGGGAAGAAGGGGAGUGAGUUUCGGUUGAUGACGAUUGCGCUGAUGAUGGGCAAUAAAUUCCUCGACGAUAAUACGUAUACGAACAAAACAUGGGCCGAAGUCUCGGGAAUCACCGUACAAGAAAUCCACAUCAUGGAAGUCGAAUUCCUCAGCAACGUUCGGUACAACCUCUUUGUGUCUAAAGAAGAAUGGACGCAGUGGCAUUCCAGGCUUGGUCGUUUCGCCGAUUUCUUUGAAAGAGCUUCAUGCAUGCCGCCGGAGAACGAGUUUGCCCCUACGACGCCGGUUCAAAUCUCGCCGACAGCAGAUGCAAGACGAUAUAAUCUUCCUGUCUCACCAGCGUCGAAAUUACCGUCUCCGCCUUCUACGACGAAUCCUCUACAACCGCAGACUCAAUUACAGUCUAUGCCACGAUGGAAUCCGGCCAGCGCUCCUGCAGCUUCAGCUCCAUAUAGACUGAAUUCCUCGCCGCACGCUAUUCCCAACUUUGAGUUCCCGCCGUAUUCACGCAAACGUAGCUGGGAAGACGACGUGGAGGAGAAUCCAAGCAAACGAAUGGCAGUAUCCAACUACUCGGCUCCCAUGCCUAUGCCAGUUUCUACGGCUACUACGGUUCCAUCAGUUCCAGUGCUACCACCGGUUCUUAACAGCAUGCCCAUGUCGGUGCCGUCGUUGGCGAUGCCUGUUCCCCGUCUGAGUCAACCUACCACUUACCAGCCAGUUUCGAACGGUCUUGUACCUCCUACAUUACCUGCUUCUACUCUACCCCAACAACUUCCAUUACCGCACGUUCGCGCGAUGACUACUGUUUAUCCACCAUCGUCAUGGUCUCAACCGAUUCCAUCAACGGUUACCCCAGUUCCGGCGGUGCAGAACCAAAACCCAAUGGCACUAUACAACCCAUCGACCGUAUCCCUCCCCGAUCCCAGUCGACGACAAAGUCCAUAUUCCGCCACAGUAUCGUCAGACGCAGUCUCACCAUCCUCUGCGUUCCACGUGCACACGCCUCAAACCCACCUCUCUCCAUCUUUUUUCCUUGUCAACCGCAAUUCACCCUACCGACCCGUACGCGCCGUCAACACACUCCUCAUUCCGCCUCCCUCUGCAUCCCUGCAUCAACCGCGUCACUUGUCAAUGGAUCAAAUGCAUUAUCAACCAUUAGGCAAGAGCUUCACCGAACGCCGAACCGGUGUACUUCCCUAUCUCCAUCCUGAUGGCUUACCGCAGGGAGUUAUUCCCCAACAACCGAACUUCCUCCCCGGCCAAUACUAGUGGUAGUGGUUCCUCCUUUCAAACCUCUGUACACAUUAUUUUGUUCCUGGCUUAUGAACGUGCCGGUUUUUUUUUUCUAUGAUCACUACGACGAAAACUUUUUCUAAUCUUCAUCACUUCUCUUCUGCAUGGAUAUCAUAUGGCGUCACUUAGACAAAAACUAUGGGAGGAGGCUGACUGUUUUUAUUUUAUUGUCGAGAGAGCAAGCAAUCAUGCUUUGCAUUUUCUUUAUUGGCAUACAUGUAUGUGGGAAGGGAGUGUUAGCAUUACAUGGCGUUUUCUCAUGUGGAGAUUCGAAUAUCAAUGUGAUAUGGAAU